AUGGCAACUCAAGUCCUGACAACCACCUCCCCUCAUGACCUUCCUGUGCCGCAAAUUUUAGAACCCCAUCAAUUCCAAAACCUGCCGCCUUUUCCCAACGACAUACCUACGGCUCCUUUGGUCCGGCUAUCCCUCAAGCAACUGCGUAAAGCCGACUCGGAAUCCCUUAGGCUCUUCGAGUCCUGCAAAAACCUGGGGUUUUUUUACCUCGAUCUUAGGGGGGAUGUAGAGGGGGAAGCGCUUCUGAAAGAAGCAGGUCAGUUGUUCGAUUUCGCGCCCAAAUUCUACGACCUAGGAGCAGAGGAGCUGCGGAAAUAUGAUCGUCAAAGUCAGGGAAGCUACAUCGGGUAUAAAGGGUUUGGAAGCAAUAUUGUAGAUGAGAAGGGGAAUUUGGAUAGGAGCGAGUUUUACAAUAUACCGAAAGACGAGUUCCUCAACAUUUCACCCAACCCAUAUGAUCAUCCGCAGCUCAUCUAUGACAACAAGCCCGUCAUAGUAUCAUACAUCCUGCACUCCCACUCCCUAGUCUCAUUCAUUCUCACGCACCUCAACAAACACCUGCGUCUACCCCUUGAAACCCUGACCAAACUGCACGCCCUCCAAUCCCCCUCAGGUGACCAAAUCCGCCUCAUCAAGGCCCCUCCGCAGCCUCCCUCGGACCAACAGCUCUCCCUUGGAAAGCACACCGACUUCGGCAGCGUCACGCUCCUCUUCAACCGUCUAGGAGGUUUACAAAUCUUACCGCCUCCUUCAAUCGUACCCGACGGCACUGAGCCACAAUGGACAUUCGUCAAACCACUCCCGGGGCAUUGUAUUGUGAACCUAGGCGACGCGAUGACCAAAUUUACGCGUGGGGUAUUGAGGAGUAAUAUCCAUAGGGUUGUCAGCCCACCUGGAGAACAGGCUACUCAAACUAGGUAUAGUCUUGUUUAUUUUUCGCGGCCUAAUGAUGAUGUGCCGCUGAAGGGGUUGGAUGAUGGAGGUAAUGAAGGGGUCAUUCCGAAAUGGGAAGGGGAAGGGGAGGAGGAUGGUAUGAAUAGUAAGGAUUGGAUUUUGUUGCAGGCGCUGAGGUUGAAGAGCGAUAAUAAUAUUUUAGUCGAGGAGAGGAAGAAAUUGUGGGAGGCGAGUGGGAGGGGAACUUGA